GAACAUUUGUACCAUGCAAGUGCAAACAUUUGCACCAUGCAUAUGUGUCUUCUUUAGCUCAUGUUUGAUAUAUGAGCAAUCCUUAUUGACUUGAAUAAAAACCCAAUGUUGCCCUUCACAAAAACACCAUUCUCUUUGAGUUCUUAAUUUCUCAGUGCAAUAGAGGUGUAUUUUGUCAAUUUGUGUUCAUAAAUCAAGAGGGGGCAGCACAAUUCUCAACAUGGGCAGCUAAUUAACUGCCUUGACUCUUUGUCUCUGAAAACUGAAUACAAAAAAUUUCACAUUUCAUGGCUUUUUAGAUAGGAUCAUAUUUGAAUUGUGGUAAAGUGACAAAAAAAAGUUAAUUUAUCCAAAGAGAAGCCACUUUCUGAUACCUGUAACGUUAGGAGUAUUGAGAAUCUUGAAGGCAGUGCCAACUCUAGCUCUCUUUCUCUCUCACUAUUUCUUUCGGUGAAAAUAGCGAAAAUGCCAAUUAUCUCCUCCUUCAUUUAAGGCAUUCCUUUCCAUGUGUUGCUUUAUGUUGCACAAGCCAAUACAUGUCAUGCAAGUCACACAUAACCCAUCAGUUUCUUGAUACCCUCUAUGGCUCUAUGCUCUAUAGCAUAGGCUUAUGAGUGAUGUUAAGACUUAAAAAAGACACAAUGCUUUUUAUAAUAUUUUUAUUUAAUUAAAAUAACAUCAAUUUUAUCUAAGUUUAACAUCACUUUUAUUAUAAGUUAAUUAUAAGUAAUUAUUUAAACUAAGUUCACAGUUAACAUUACUUUUAUUACGCAUGCAACAAGUUAUUUCAAAGAUGGUAAAAAAAUAUGAGGCACACCCCACCGAACAACCACCAUCUUAGUUUCUUACCCCUAUGUGAAUAUAAGUAUAUAGCAUUCUAUGUACGUACGUCUCUCUUCAACUUGUCUCUGAAAAUAAACUUUUUCUUCAGCUCUCUCUUUCUCAUUCUUCUUCAGCUACGGCCAUGGUUACUGCAGAUACUGUACGAACAAUCCUUGGUGUUCUAGGAAACAUUAUCUCACUCUGUGUGUUCCUAUCCCCAGUGCCAACUUUUAUUCAAAUAUGGAAGAAAAAGGCAGUGGAGCAAUACUCACCAGUACCAUAUCUUGCAACCCUAGUGAACUGCAUGGUGUGGAGCUUGUAUGGGCUGCCCAUGGUGCACCCAGAUAGCUUACCAGUCUUGACCAUUAAUGGGGCAGGCACUGGUAUUGAGAUAUUGUACAUAAUCAUCUUCUUAAUCUACACUGCUGAGAGGCAAAAGAGGCUCAGAGUUUUGCUUGUGCUGCUUAUUGAAGCCAUAUUCAUUACCGUUCUCACAGUUUUAGUUCUAACUGUAGCCCGUACUCUCAAGGUGCGGAGUAUGAUUGUCGGCAUCAUGUGCAUUAUGUUCAACAUCAUGAUGUAUGCUUCACCACUGGCUGUUAUGGUACCAAAUGGGAUAGGAACAUUGUUUGGUUCGGCCCAGCUGAUUCUUUAUGCCUUAUUCUACAAAUCAACAAAAAGACAGAUUGCAGAAAGGAAAAGCAAAGGAGAGGUGGACUUGUCUGGGGUGAUGGUGGUAGAUGGAGAGGACACUAGGAAGGUAGGCAGUGCACCUCAGAAUGGUCGUCCAUGAGAGAUUCUCCCAUCACCAACCAUUGUUGGAUUGGAUGAAAUGACCCCAGAAAUAUAAGCUUAGCAAUUCCCAUAAUAAUAUCAAACUAC